UCGGGACGCCCGCUCCCUGUGCCGCAUCCCCUGACACCGACCCCUUUUGCGAGCGAAAUACUGUAUAUAAUACAGUUGAAUACGAGUUCACACUUUUCUAACCUUCUUUAACUCGAUAAUGAUAACAAUGUAGGAUUGCAACCGAAGAGCUGAAGUGCAACCAAACAAAACAUUGGCCACCUGACUCCUGAUAAUGACACGAAGUACAACGAUGGAUCCUCUGGGGCUGUUGCAGAGGUUCGGAGGCAGCACUACCACCUCUUCCACUACGGUGACCUCUGCGAAUGGCGUAGCUAAACCUAGUGCCAAUGGAAGCAAACGGCCCACCCCCAUAAUCAUUUACCCCACUGUGACCCCCGAAUCAAUCGUGGUACCAAUAGUAUCCUGUAUCUUCGGCUUUCCACUGCUGGCACUGACGGUCAUCUGUUGUCUUCGCAGAAGAGCAAAGUUAGCAAGAGAACGCGCUCGUCGUCGGAACUGCGAGUUAGAUCGCGGGGAGUUAUCGGUGGUGCGGCUGUCCCCAGUAAAGUGCAAGCCUCGCCCCGUCAGUCUCAUCAGGUCGCCCCGGCCGCCCCCCACGCUGGAACUCGACACCGUGCUCGAGGAGAGAUCGGACCCUGAGCAGACCACUGUAUCGCAGGUGGAAAUAACGCCAGACCGCGAAGUGGGCGCUAUAUUAUUCAGCGCAGUGGGGGCAGUUGGGACCGCAGCGGCAACGGCGGGGUGUACGCGAGACAGCUAGCGGCGGGGCUCGGCGCAGCUCGGGGCGCGCUCGCCGCUCUGGGCCGCGCUUACCAGCCAGCCACUCGACGAGGACGAUGCGGAGGAAGAGCCAGCACUCGACAGCUAGCAGCUUGACGAGCGCUCAGUAGCGGACAUAGGCGAGCGCAUGAAACUUUUCCUGGACAUUCCGCUUAGAUUCUAGACAUCCUAUUAUGUGCCAAUGUGACUUCAAUUCAGUGCGUCAUCCGUUUAGAUUUUUGU